CCUUCAAUCUCAUCUCCAUCUCUCUCUGCACACUCACCCAUCUCCCGCGUGUCCUCCUUCUCAUCUCCCUCAUCUUCAGGCCUUGGAUUUUCGCUCCUAACCUCCCUCUUCUCAAUCCAACCUACUAUAAGCCAUGACCACCAUCUGGGACAACGACACGCGCUACCCCGCCCCCGCGGCCUUCGAGCUCCCGCCCUUCAUCACCGGCGUGCCGUCGCAAGCCGAGCUCGACGCCCAGCCCCGCCUCUUCACGUGGGGCGAGCUCAAAGACGUCAUCCAAAGCGGCGAGCUCGACCGUCUCAGCCGCAACAAGCAGCUGCAACACACCUACGAAGCAUGGAUGCAGAAGCAGCGCGCGGCGUGGGGCUCGACCGAAAACUACCUCGUCAACGCCCGCCUGCCGUGGGGCGAAGCGCACCGGCGGCACGGCGUCGUAGUGCCCCCCGAACCGACGUACGACCAACGCACCGCGCUCUCGCACCCCGAAGUGGACCUCGUGCCGUCGACGCGCCCGCGCGGCGACGGGGUGACGCCGAAACACCGGCGCGUCGUCUCGUCCGAAGCGGGCGCCGGCGCCGCGGCGGUCGCGGCACACGCGCUCGGCUUGUCCGCCCCCGCGCCCAGCACGCCCGCGUCGUGUUCGCACGCCGCGACGGCGCCGAGCUCGCGCGGCUCGAGCGACGCGGGGAGCGGCGCAAGCUCGCCCAGCUCGGUCGCGUACGUCUCGCUCGAGAGCGUGCUCCCGAAAGUCAACCGGCGGCUGGAGCGCGCGCGCGCGCGCCGGGCCGCGAGCGACUCUGGCUCGUCGCGCGAGGCUGGCGAGCCCGAGGGCGACCGCGAGCGUGAAGAGGAGGACGACGACGACGACGUGUACCUGAAAUACGACGCGGCGGCGGGGCUCGACAGCAGCAAAUACGCGCUGCUGCCCAAUGACUGGCCGUACUGCGUGCCGUAUGGGGUGCGGCACUACUGCGUGUGGUCGCGCGUGCCGAUCGCGCACCCCGUGUUGGUGGAUUACGAGCGGGGGGCGUGGGCCAAGAUCGAGGCAGAAGGCUUGGGGGGGUUCACGGGCGUGAUUCCGCAUGUGCGGCUGCCGACGCCUGCGCCGGAGGCGGCGGCGGCGGCGGUGGCGGGGGAGGGGCCGGCGGCGGCGGCGGCGGCGGAGAGGGACACAGGGGCGGCGGCGGUGAGUGGGCGCGCGUGCCCCGACGCCGGCGGGGAGGGUUGGUAUGCCGUCGAUGUGCGGUAUGCGGGCGCGGAAGUCCGGCGCUGGGCUGGGGUCGAGUACGAGGCGAAGGGGGGACACGAGGUGGCCAAGAUGGUGCGCGGGCUGUUUGACCCGCGCGGAUUCGAGACGCUGUGGUUUGUCAACCCGCCCCGGCUGCAGAGCGUGCCGGGGUACGCGCACUUCCACGUCUUCGCGCGCCGCAAGACGCCGACGGAGAUUGACGUGAGCGAGAAAGUGUGGAACGACAAGGGCGAGAGGGUGGUGUAGCAAGGCGGAGGGAGAUAGACACAUCGACAAGCGAAAGAAUGCAACAUUUCUCGUGCGACUGCAGCUUCAGCGUCCUCCGGGCAGCUCGCCGGCCUGACCUUCUCUAAUCUAUGCU